CAACAAUCAAAUCCUGAACUUCCGACUCAACGCCGGAGAAGGAAAAUCUCAGGCGUCAAGCUCCUCCGCUGGAAGAAAUUCUUCAUUUCCUUGAAAAUCAUUUCUGAAGAAAAUGGCCUUGCGGUUUCGCCGAUUGAGAGAAACCUCGAGGUUUUUCACCCGAAGUUUCUCAGGUGAUGAUUACAAAAAAUGUAGAACAGCUAAAAAUUUGCGGGCUUUAUAUGGAGUUCCUCAAACGCAUGUUUCGGAUAGAGUUAGCAGAAGUGUUUUACCAAGCCAAUUUCAAUUUCAACGGUUCUCAUCUGCUUCGAAAUUGCCUAAUAAGUUUACCUCAGAAUCUAAUAUUGUGUCAUUCAUUAAAUCCUCUUUGGAUCAACCAGAAGGUGCAUCUCAUUGUUGGUUGAACAAAUUGGAAGGGAGCAACAAUGUCUUUAAAAAAAAUGGAAACUUCUUAGUACUCGCUGGACAAUUUUCUGAAAGUUCUUUCACAAAUGAGUUUGAAGCUGUUACAUUUUUUGAAAAAGUAAAGUUACUUCAGCAAAGAUUUCCUCAGCUACACAUUAUCGGUUUUCAGUCUGGCAGUUUAAUUUGUUCUGCAGCCGGCAGAAGUAAUUUAGUCCAAUUAAUAGUGAAAGAAAACAUUUUCUUUCCCAUUUUGUUAUCUAACAAGAACUUUCCUGAAGUGGGGAAUGGUGUAUGCUACAUAUUAUUUAAACAUUUUAAGAAUCCAGUUUUUUAUCACGAGAAGGACCUUAAUCUUGAAGUUCUUAGUAAAGCUGUUGAGGAGUUACAUGAGCAGCACAAUGGAAAAUCUGAGCCACCUAAGUUGUUCGGAGACUUUGGCUCAAAGCCAGAUGAGAUCAUCAAGGAAUCAAAUUUAAGUUCCAUGCAAAACUUACUUUUUAACUUCCCAGGAUGCAUAUCUGCGGAUGAAAGUGGGAAUCGUCUGUUCAUUUCUGACAGCAAUCAUCAUCGGAUUAUCAUAUUUAAUAGCAAUGGGAAGAUUCUGGACUGUAUUGGUUCUUCUCCAGGCUUUGAGGAUGGUGAAUUUGAAUCUGCUAAACUGAUGCGCCCAGCUGCAUCAUUUUAUCAUGAUGCUGAGGAUUGCUUGUAUCUUGUUGAUUCAGAGAAUCAUGCCAUCAGGAGAGCAGAUUUGAGCAAACGGAUUCUAGAAACUUUUUCUCCAGCAAGCAACAUUAGUAAGAGUAAUCAAUUUUGGAACUGGGUCAGGGAGUUGGGUUUGGGAAGUGUUGCAGAGCCCGAAGCACAUGCUGCUGAAUCACUUUUGUUCCCUUGGCAUAUGCUAUAUUCAGAUGACGAUAAUUUGUUAGUUAUAAACCGAAGUUUUGAAACUUUAUGGACGAUAAAUAUGGCCACAGGAGAGAUAGAGGAUGUUGUCAAAGGUUUUUCGAAUAUUUUGGAGAUAUGUAGAGAGCAAAUAUUGGAGAAAGUAUCCCUCUUGAAACAAAUUCCACCUAAUUGUUUGCAGCAGCUAGCAAAUGCUACCUGUGCAUCAUAUGAGCAUCCACAUAUUGGUCUCAUAUCUUCAUUAACCACCUUUCAAGAUCAGAUAAUCAUGUCUGACACAGUUGGACAGAGAGUUAUGAAACUAAGUGAAGAUUCUCAAGUUGCUUCCAACUUUCAAUUUUCAAAUUUCGGGACUCUUGGAUUGCCAUAUUGGUUGUCACCCCGUCUAGAAAGAGCGAAUCUGAUUUCUGGUGGACUUCAGGGAACAGAGAUUGACCAUCUCCAGUGCUUCAAUUUGCUGCCAGGUAAAGUCGAGAUACAACUAAACGUAAACAUCCCUGUGGAUACUGAACUUGUAGAACCGUUACAAGAAGGUUGCAUAUGGCGUCAGGCAAGAGGAGUUGCUACUAUAGUAUCAGAAAUAGAAGAUGUGGCAGGAUCGUCAGAAAAGGUUGGUUCUGCCCAAAAAUGGUAUGAUGAGCUCGACACUCUUGUCUUUACUAGUCCCGAGUCAGAAUCAGUUGAUGAAGAUGAAGAUACAACUUCAGUCAUAAAAUUUGAUGAUGAUAAAGUUCACAUUAUUACUGCUGUCAAUACAAGUCCCGGAACAAGUGAGGUUAUUAUAACCGCAGUUUUAUACUUGAGACUACGAAGAAGCCCCGACCAACCAAACGAUAAUCAAGAGAAAUACGCUGCGAGGAUAGUGGAUUUAUCGAACUCAAGGAGAAGCGGAAAGAUGGAAAGAGAUGGAUGCAUUCAGUUCUUGUUGAAAUCAAAUAGGGACUUGAGAGAUCUCAUUUUUAUGAAACCUCUACACGUUAGAGUAAAAUUUGACAGCUUUGAUCACCCGAAAGCUGAUAAUUCAAGAGAUAUCAUCUCAACAGAAUCGUCCAUUGAGGUCAAUGUAUCUCUCAAUUCAUGAUAGUUGUUACAGUUGAGCAAAACUGCUUAUUCUUUGUGAUAUUCCCAUAUAGUUUAAUACUGUAUCAAUCAUUGGUGGUGGUAGUGAGUCACUAGAUUAGUUAUUUUUUUUCUCUUUUUCCAAUUCAUAUAUUAUACAGGACUGAAAAUUGCCAAGAGUGUAAUUUCAGUCCAUAAUUGAGGUAUAAGGAUUCAAAAAAGUCAUAUUUAUUUGUCAAGAAGUUAUCUAUAAUAAAAAAAGGAUUAUUUUUAUGGGUCU